AUGGCAGGUCUUGCCAAUGUUCAGUCAUAUUCUGGACUUGACUCUCCGCAAGACCCGGUCAUAUCGACUGGCGACUACGUGCUCACAAUGUGCCAAGAGCCAGUCAUUGGCCUUGUGGCAGGUGGGAAAGACAAGGAUCGGAAGCCACUAGACCCUCCUCCAGUUGUGAAGCUCGACGUGUCACAUCAGCGCGAUCCAGCAGGACUCUUCCUAUCGAAUCCAUACAACUUCCUUACAUGCCAUCUAGUCAAAGUCGGAGACCACAACAUCGAAACGCCCGUUCCCGGAAACAAACUCGUCGGCACAGUCGUCUCUUCGCUGCACAGACUCAAAGACAAAGACAAUCAGGAUGUGGCGUAUUUUGUCUUUGGCGACGUUUCUGUCAAAGUAGAAGGGCGUUUUCGUCUAGUUUUCACACUUUUCGACAUGGGCGGUCAAGACUGCACGCAACUCGCGUCGAUCAAGUCUCAGCCUUUCAAUAUCUUUCCGAACAAACUAUUCCCAGGUCUCAACGAGUCAACCUACUUGACCCGGGCGAUCAACGAUCAAGGCGUGCGUGUCAGAAUACGCAAAGACUCUCGGCAAUCUCAGACUUCGAAGCGCAACAAGCGAGUUGCUGAACGGUUCAACGACUACAUGGACAAUACUCGGCCUCAGCAGCGCCAAAGAAUUGGCUCAUCUGCUGGCUUCGUUACCCCAAGCCUGGGCGCCAGUUCGUCACAGCAAUUUUCGUCAACGGUCGCAGCAAGUCAUGGCAGCGCAUCAGCCUCGCUGACACAGCAAGCCUCACACGCCCCAUUACGCUACACUCUGGGUUCCUUUGCGCAGCCGAACCUCAAUACAGGAGAAGGGGCAGCGCAUGAACACCCACGUCAAUCCCUAAGCAUACUACCCGGCCUGGCUUCUCACCGGAGCCAGGAGGGUCUUCCUCUCGGGGUCAAUUAUCCUUCAAGCGGCGUGGGCAUGGACAACGUCUUUGGAUCCUUGGCUCCUAACAUGAGCAUGAACCCGUUUCCCUCACCAGCUCACAGCAGCGACAGUGGCCUUCCUUCGAGCGUCAGCAUGCAUGGCAGCAGCGGCCCCCCAGCAGAUCGCUUCCCUGAUUCGGGCCACGGAUUGUGGGGUCGAGACUACUCCUGA